GCGUCUCAGUUAAGUUGUUUACCUCCAGAAAAGAUGUGGCAAGCCAUACGUUCCCGCUUCGAUUCUUGCCAAAACAAGAUUUCUGAUGAGCCCAUCGAAGGUGACGUCAGGUCCGCAUCCUGCAAAAAGAGAGUCCUGAAACAGGAGCAAAACUUCAGAGGACCCUGGUACUUGGCCAGCGGUUUCCUUCUGUUCUGGGCACUUUUAUUCUUUGCGGUCGUGCUGCCACUCUUUUACCGCCUUCCCAAGGGCUUGACCAUCGAGGACUCGCCCAAGGGAGCCUUUAUCGCCGAACGUGCUCAGAACCAUCUUUACGGAUUCGACGAGAUCGGAACCAAAGUGGUUGGCAGUGAUGGCAAUGAGAACAAAACGGUCGAUUACCUGUUGGGCUUAGUGGCCGAAAUUAGAGCGAGUUGCCUCGAUGAGUACUUCGAUGUGGAAGUCGAUCUUCAGGUGGUCUCGGGGUCCUAUAUCCAUUGGACCAUGGUGAAUCGGUAUCAGGGCGUGCAGAACAUUGUCAUUAAGAUGAGUCCCAAGAACACCACGAGUGAGUCCUAUCUGCUGGUCAACAGUCACUUCGAUUCCAAGCCCACGAGUCGAUCUGCCGGCGAUGCUGGUCAAAUGAUAGUCGCCAUUCUGGAGGUCUUUCGAGUUAUGUGCACCACCAAGCAAACUAUUCGGCAUACAAUCAUCUUUCUGCUGAACGGAGCCGAGGAGAAUCCCUUGCAGGCUUCGCAUGGAUUUAUCACCCAACACAAAUGGGCACCGUACUGCAAGGCCUUAAUCAAUUUGGACGCUGCUGGCGGUGGAGGUUCCGAUAUAGUAUUUCAGAGUGGACCCAAUAGUCCCUGGCUUGUAGAAUACUAUAAAAAAAGUGCUAAGCAUCCAUUAGCCACGACCAUGGCUGAGGAAAUCUUUCAAACUGGCAUCCUGCCGUCUGACACCGAUUUUGGCAUCUUUGUUAAAUAUGGAAAUCUAAUUGGUCUGGAUAUUGCCCAAUUUAUCAAUGGUUACUUCUAUCACACCAAAUACGAUCGAUUCGCCAAUAUUCCCAGAGGUUCCAUUCAAAGCACGGGAGACAAUUUGCUUAGUCUGGUGCGAGCCCUAGCAAAUGCCACUGAGCUGGACAACACAGCGGCCUACGCCACUGGACAUGCCAUAUUUUUCGAUUUCCUGGGACUUUACUUCAUCAGCUAUACGGAAAGCAAUGGCACUAUUCUGAAUUAUUCCGUGGCCGGAAUAGCACUCGUCCUGAUAUUCGUAUCCAUUUGGCGUACUGCAAACAUUUCUUGUGUAUCCACCGGAUACGUUCUCAGCUGGUUCAUUCUGAUUUCUGUACUCCAGAUCAUAGCUUUUGUGCUGGGCUUUGGCCUGCCCGUUGCUGUAGCCUAUGUUUUCGAUAAGUACGGACUUUCACUCACCUACUUUAGUACUCCGGGCUUGUUGAUCGGUCUGUACAUUUGCCCAAGUCUCCUGGGGUUGAGCUUACCCUCUUACAUCUACCUUAAGUUACAGCGAAACUUUAAGGUACCCUUUGCCCAACAACUGCAAUUGGUUCUACAUGGUCAUGCUGCAAUAUUGGCAAUUCUGGGCAUUGGACUCACUGUUUAUGGGCUGCGAAGCACCUAUGUGGUCACCUGGACACUCAUCUUCUACGUAAUUCCCUUGAGCAUAAAUCUGCUAACCACUCUGCACGAUCGCGGCUUCUCCUGGACUGGUGUGCUCAAGAUUUUCCAAGUCAUUCCGUUCCUGUACAACAGCUAUCUGAUUUACACAUUCGUGGUGACCCUGAUCCCAAUGAUGGGUCGUUUCGGCAGGUCCACCAAUCCGGAUUUGAUUAUCUCAGCUUUGAAUGCUUUGGGAACCGUUUUGGCCUUGGGUUUCUUGAUACCCCUAGUUAAUAUGUUCCGCAGACCCAGCAUGAUCCUGCUCAGCCUGUUGGCCAUAAGUUCUGUGACCAUUUACACGGCUACAUCCACCCAAAUUGGUUUUCCCUAUCGACCUAGGACCAAUGUUCAGCGAUUACCUUACCUGCAAGUGCGACGUAUUUUCUACGAAUUCGAUGGCACAGUUGUCAAGGACGACUCCGGUUAUCUGUUCAACUUCCAGGAUCGUCGGGGACCGGCUCCCUUGAAGAGCUCCAAGGUCAAUCUGACUGGAUUGGUUAGCAUUGCCGCGGACUGUGACAAGGUUAUGAUGUGCGGUUAUCCCCUUUACGACCACCGUUGGGUUAAGAAUCGCAUGCAGAUAAUGUGGCUGCCUCGAGAGGAACCAAUCGUUCCUCCAAAUGUACCGGUACUUCAGCUUUUGGAAAAGACGGACCUGGGAAACAACAUAAUGCGCUAUAGUUUCAUUUGUGAAAAACCCUCGGAUCACACCAGCGUUUAUAUCCUGCCGCAGGAAGAUGUGACCAUUUCCAAUUGGACGUUACCUCUGGAGUACAUUGCUCAGCAGACGACUUAUCAUCUUUACUACUCUCGUGGCACGGAUUAUUCACCAUUGACUUUCUCCAUAGAUUUCUGGAAACAAGAUGCUGAUUUUGUUGUACCCGUGACCCAGAUAGGAUUGGCGACCCAUUCCAUUGGCGAUGACGGCGAUGCUAUCAGUCAAGAGUUCGCAAAAUUGCUCCCAUCAUAUGCUGCCCUAGUUCAAUGGCCAGCAUUAUAUCAACGGUACAUUUUCUAA